UCAGCUUUUUGGUAGGUACGCCAUUGCGAACUUGAAAGACCAACAAGGAAGGAAGGGAAUACAGAGAGGGGGUUUCGUUGGAGGUUCGGAAGGCAAGUCUGUCAGAAGGCAGCGUUUAGAAAAGGCUUCUCGGCGUUGGACAUACCGAUGCCAUUGCGGUAUCGCGAUCACGGAUCGGGUGAUGCGUUCGCGGGCUCCGUCGUGCGAUUCCUGAGCUGACGAACACAGUGUUUGUCUUUAAAAUUCCCGUUCAAAGUUAUCAGGAGGAACCAGACGAAAAAGAGGAGACCAGGAGCAAUCGGCGGAAUGGAGAAGCAGCAUCACCUUGACUCAACCAGGCUCGCUUGAAAGCUCAUCCUGAAUACCGGUGAUACCACAAAGCAUGGGUUCGGAAGCGUGGGAGCUGGAACGGAGGUACUCAGUGCCUGGGGCAUUGGACACCAGAGGCCUGGAGCCUCCAGCUAGCGAGGAUCUUCACGCCUGGUCUAUCUACAGGCAAAACUUGAACUCCGAUUUCACCGAUUCAGCACUUGGAUCAGCUGAAAAGUCUCCUCUUCCCUAUGGGAACUUCCAAUUAAGAGAUUCCACAGUGCAGAGUAUUCUCAGACACCCUAGAUACGGUCCAAAGAGUCCUCUGGCCAGCAAUUCGUACACAUAUCUAAAGUUUGGUCUGCCAAGGGUUCUGCCUCCUAGUUCCAGGAACAGAGAUGGAUCUAGCGGUUACGAUUCCAGCGAAGAAGGUCGUAGGGUGUCUCACGCGGGAACUUCCGCACACGGGACCUCCGCUAUGAGAUCUGCCAGGAGCGACCCCGAUUUCAGACACGUUCACAUUGUUCCUAGGGAACAUGCACACUCUCAAUUGACGGUUUCAAGGGAGAAUCCUAGGUUAAGGAGUGUCAGUGAAGCGAAUCUUCUUCAUGGAGGUGUUCGAAUGAAUAGGAGGCACAGUAUUGCGCCUAUAGAUCCAGGGUAUGGUGUCCACGAGUCCAGAGGACAUGGAAUCUUGGGUCCAGAGAGUUAUACAUUACCUCUGAGGCCUGUACCAUGUCUUCAACAUCCUCAUCUUCAGUUACGAGGAGUAGAGGCUUCAGGAUCCGAUGGUUUGCCUCUUUUACGAGGAAUUACUUUGGAGGUAGGAGCUACUGAGGUGUUGGCCAUUAUGGCUACUACGGAAAAAGAAGGAAAACAAAUCGUGGAAACUGUCGCCGGAAGGAAGAGAAUUAAGAGAGGAGAUAUUUUGCUCAAUGGAAGAUCCGUGUCCUAUAGAACCUUAAGGUCUCGAGUUGCUUAUUUGUCCACGGAAAAUAGUCUAAGCCCAGGUCUAACUGCUCAGCAGACGCUAAGCUUUUAUAUGCUUCUUAGAGGAGGUCCAAAUACUUCCAAACUGGAAGCCGAAGCCAUCCUCCAGGAACUCGGUUUAGAGGCGACCAAACAUUGUCUCGUGAACUCGUUGACGACCUCCGAAGCAAAAAGACUGGCCCUCGCGUGUCGUUUGUUACAAGACUCGCAUAUUCUUGCGUUGGACAGGCCAACGCAUGGCUUGGAUAUUUUCGACGCCUUCUUCAUGGUAGAAUACUUGAGACAGUGGGCUGGAAGAGGACAAAGAUUAGUAGUAUUGACUUUGCACCCGCCUACUUAUGAGAUACUGACAAUGGUCUCGAGGGUUGCGCUUACUUCCGGCGGAAGAAUCAUGUACUCCGGUCCCAGGAGGGAUAUGUUGCCAUAUUUCGCCCUUGCAGAGUUCCCGUGUCCUCCAUUUAAGAAUCCUUCUGACUACUAUCUUGAUUUAGUUACACUGGAUGAUCUGUCUGCGGAAGCCAUGUUGGAAUCCUCUCAAAGGAUAGACCACCUGGCCGAGCUUGCAAGGACUAGACUGCCAGGAUUAAGUGAUCCUGGACCACCUGGAGCACUUCCUCCUUCCAUUUCCAGUCCCAAUGUAUUUUCACAGAUUUAUGCGUUGCUUCUGAGGACUCUAAUCUACAGUCAACCAUGGACACUGACUAGAUUACUCAGGAAAAUCGUCAUCUCUGCCUCUUUGAGUAUUUUACUUGGUGCAAUAUUCUGGGAUGUAUCUGGCGACUCAAAUUUAUAUCUCAGAGACCGAGUUGGGUUUCACUAUGCCAGCUUGGGAAUUUUCUUCUGGCCAUUAACCUUAAUAGCCAUCUGUGAAGUAGCUGACUGCAGGUCGAACGUGGAAAGAGAUAUCAAGGAUGGUUUAUAUGGAAGAUUUGUGUAUAUUUUAAUGGAGCUCCUCUGUGGAGUAGUGUCCUGGUGCGUAGUCUACCUGAUCUACUUAGCACCAGGCUACGCCAUGUCCGGACUUCACCUGGUCCCGGAUGAGAAUCUGACUUCCUUAUGGAAUUAUCUCGGAAUCGGUUUACUGUAUUUAAUACUGCAACAUUUAAUCUGUAUAUUAUUUGCUCACACUUGCAAGUGGACCUACUUGGCUUCCUUGUUUGCUGGAAUUGUGAUUGGAGAGAUGACAUUAGCUGGAGGAGUGACCUUGCAUUUGGAGAACUUGCCAGGCUGGUAUCAAAAGAUCAGCCCAAUGCAGUGGUCUCUGUCCCUAUUGUUACCUCCGCUUCAUCAAACAGAAGUUAUGAAUAAAUUGACCAAUUGUAAGCCAAAACAAAUUCAGAGGCAGGAUAUCAUAGUUCAAGCUGCCUGUGAACCGCCCGAUGGUGCUCUGGCAUUAUACGAGAUUGCACUGCAUAAAUUCAAUGUAAGAGGAGAACUGUGGCUGGGAAUAGGAAUAACUAUCGUCAGUGUUUUAGUUAUACUAGUAUUCCUGUGCAUUCGAUAUACUACUCCCAAGAGACUUAGGAGUGCACCAAACAAGCCAUAAAGUGCAACUACUCAAUGACUGAAUAAAUAUCAUCAUUCUUACAUAAAUGUAUUUUAUUAAUAUUAACAAAUAGCAGAGUAUUCUUUUAACGUUACGCUGCUAUCAGUACAAUAAUAGGUAUCAGUAAGGAAUAUAAUUAUUCACUUCAUCAUCAAAUACAUAUAUUUUAUACUAUGUCAUGCUCACAGGCUUUGAUCUUUGUCUAUAUUAUUGCGACUUUUUAAAACAAUAGGCUUUAGAAACUCGCAAAAUAGACUUGAGCCAGGAAAUUCGAAAGCCUAAUAAACCGAUACAUCUUGCAGUCUCUCCUCCAAAUGCUUUAAAAUAAUCUGUAUGUACUUCGUAACGCUAUAAUCAAAUCAACCGAGAAAAUCUUCAUAAAAUAAAAAAGAAAAAAUUAAUUAAAACUCUAGCCUGAUUUGAUUAAUUCCUAUUAUUUGAAUUUCCAUUUUCCUUCAUUUUCAAAUUUUAAAUAUCUACGCUGAAAAUAAUGGACUAAUAUGGAGAAUGAGCUCAGUCGGUUGUUACAUGGAAACUUGAUCACAAGCUCCAUCUACAACUUUGAGAAUAUCGGCCAAGUUCGAUCGAUAAGUAUAAUUUUUAUUUUAUUAAAAAUUAUUUUCAAAACUCACGGCUAUCACUAAUUUACCAUCCAAAUUAUUUCCAGAUAAUUGUAGAAUAAUUUACUAACAGGAAUAUUUCAGAAAUUGACAAACAAUACCUUUCGGGUCAAAGUAUCUAAAAGCAAUUCUUCAAAUUUAUCAUCAAUAAACAUUUAGACAGCCAAAGUCGAUAUUCCAUCCCGGACGAAUAUAUCUAAUGUAUAUUCCAAACCCGGUUCCGGAAGAAAAUAGUCAACAUUUACUAAUUAGUUAAAUCGAACUAAAUUUAUCGAACCGCUCAUGUAAUAGACUUAUCUUUCCUCAUUGAUUAUUUUCCAUUCAGCUUAAACUCUUAUCGCGAUGAUUCUUAUUCUCUCUCCUUAUCGAAGUCAAUAAAGAUAUCUCAGAUAUCACAAGUGUUUGACUCUGCAAUUGACUUCGCGAGCGGAGGAGACGGAUGACGUUUAUCUUCGAACGCCAGAUACGCGUUAUAUUGUACUUUCUAUGUAUCGUAUGUAUAUAAUACGAAAAUUUAAUAUUUCCCAACAAUUCUCCAAUUUGAUCAAUCCCACGCAUUUUAUAGAUCGCAUAAAAUUUCUAUCUAAUGAGUUAAUUAGUCUGCGAUAUUCCAGUUAUCACAUAGAUCUGUAUGUAACAAUUAAAAUACACUUUUUUACUUCUUAUAAUAAUGUCGACAUAUCCCGAGCACCCUGCGCGAGUUUCGAGGGUCGCCGGUUCGUUCACCGAAUUAGUACAAAUUGGCAGCAGGGCAAUCGUCGUAAAUGCCGACUUCCGUCGAUGAAAGUAAUUAACUAGUGGUUGUAAGUCGGGUGAGCAGAAUUCCAGGAAAAAGCGUGGGCUCGUUAGGAGAAGAUCGCAGGAGAGCAGAAUCACGUUCUUGUUUCGCGAACGUUAAACUUCAGCGUAGCGUCGUUACACCUCAAAAUCAAUGAACCACUCACUGUCUAGCGUUCUAUGUGCGUACAUCGGACCUUGAUUCAUUGAGACUACGGUCAUACUAUGUGCAUUCAUUUUUCCGACUCUUGUAGCACUGAGUUAUUCACAGUCAUUCAUAACGAUUGCCCAAAAUAAUCGUAGCAUGUCCGAAAAAUAAUUUUAGUUUAAUAAAUUGUUUAAUUAUUGAAAAUUAUAAGUAAAAUUGUAAUUCCAAAUAUGAACGGUAUCUCGUAAAAAGAGCGCUCAAAUAUUUUUUAUUCCUCGA